GAGAGAGUAAGAAAAGUAAUUUAUUAAAAAACAAUUUCUCUAAUUACAAUUUUUAAGUAAGAAUGAUUAAACUGGCGCAAUCAUGCCGGUUUACACAGUAUCUAAGAGUACCAAGUACUUUGUUGUCUACCACCAAAAAACAUGGAAUAACCACCUCCAGACAAUUAAUAACACAGACACGGUACAAUGUCAAUAAAGGCUUUAAGAUUAGUGAUAUAAUUAAAAACAAUGGUGUUUUGGCCAGGUUUAGCAAUACAUCACCAAAGCAGAAUACCCCUAAAGCAGUGGGCUAUUGGUUACUGGGCUGCAGUGGGAUGGUGUUUACAGCGGUAGUGUUAGGUGGGGUUACUAGAUUGACAGAGUCGGGUCUAUCGAUGGUAACUUGGAAACUCUUAGGGGAGAAGUUGCCCAGAACUGAAGAAGAAUGGCAGCAUGAGUUUGAAACCUAUCAACAAUUUCCAGAAUACAAAUAUAAGAACAUGAACAUGAACCUGUCAGAGUUCAAAUGGAUCUGGUGGAUGGAGUUCGCGCACCGCACUUGGGGCCGCGCCAUCGGAGCCGCCGUGUUCCUUCCGGCCGCCUUCUUCUGGCUGCGGGGUUGUCUCGACGGGCCCAUGAAGAUCAGGGUGGCGGCUUACUGCGCGCUCGUCGGGGCUCAGGGUCUGAUGGGGUGGUACAUGGUGAAAUCCGGCCUGGAGGACCGGUUCCGGGGCCCCUCGGACGUGCCGCGCGUUUCUCAGUACCGGUUGGCGUCGCACCUGGGGCUGGCCUUCACGCUGUACGCGGGGCUGUUGAGCGGAGCCCUGCGCGUGCUUCGCCCCGCGCCCGCGCUCGCCGUCGCCCGCCGAGCGGCCGAGCUCGCGCGGGUGACCGCCGCCGCGAACUUCGUCGGAGCGAUGGCCUUCGCGACGGCCCUCUCGGGCGCCUUCGUGGCGGGGCUGGACGCCGGGCUCGUGUACAACUCGUUCCCGAAGAUGGGCGACCGCUGGGUGCCCGACGACGCGUGGCAGCUGACUCCGCGCCUGCGCAACUUCACCGAGAACCCCAGCACCGUGCAGCUCGACCACCGCGUGCUCGGCGCGAGCACGCUGCUGGCGGCCACGGCGCUGGGCCUGCUGGCGCGUCGGGCUCCGCUGUCUCCGGCGGCGUCGAGGCUGGCCGUCGCGGUCGCCGCCGCCGCCUGGCUGCAGGCCACGCUGGGCGUCCUGACGCUGCUGCACUACGUGCCGACGCCGUUGGCCGCCUCGCACCAGUCGGGCUCGCUGCUGCUGCUGUCGCUGGCCGUGUGGCUCACGCACGAGAUCAAGCUGCUCAAGUACAUCCCCAAGUAGAUCUCCGCCGAGAACGUCUAUCGCGAGACGAUACCGGAGGAAGCCGAUUUUCUAAUUAAACUCUUACCAAAACCGA